AAGCAUUACCUGUUCCUGCGAUCCUUCUAAGAGAAGAUUUGCGAGGUUUGCAUAGAACCUGUAUUUGCCCUGCACAGCAUGGAGGAUCCAGUAAGUCCAAGAGGCGCGGCUCCUCCGAGUAGGUCGGACUCCAUGUGCAAGAGAUGCGGCGAGAAUCCAGCAACACAUCGGAUACGGUCCGAGCAAGUCUGCCAGGGAUGCUUUUCUUCAUAUGUUACGACCAAGGCUGUGAAGCGUAUGGAAACAUAUCGAGUUCGUGGUUCAACAAAAGCUCCAAAGAAGCUCCUCUUUCCACUUUCUUUUGGCCCCUCCUCAGCCUCAUUGCUGCAUAUUCUGGAUCAUCAUCUGCAGGGGCAAUACAACCGGAUGAACAGAGCUGCCUAUGAAUUACAUGUGGUUCAUGUUGACCUCUAUGUGGAUGCCGCCGACCGGGAGACUUCUUCAACGUUGCUAGAGAAAUACAGAAGUCGAUACCCGAGACAUACGUACUCCAGCGUUGGACUCGAGGAAGCCUUGCUCUUGGGAGACAUUAAAUGGGGUAGUUUGGGUUUGGAACAUCCCCCAUCUAUGGACUCGCAAAGACCCAAGGUGGAACAAUUGCAAGAGCUGAUCGGGCUGAUGCCAUCGGCGACCUCGAGGGCUGAUAUUAUCUCUACAUUACUCACUCGACUCCUAGUGGAUGUCGCGAAGAAAGCGGGAUGUGAAAGCAUACUAUUCGGGGACUCCACCACCCGUCUCGCAGAAAAGACACUUACAGAGACGGCCAAAGGUCGUGGCUUCUCAUUGCCCUGGCAAGUCUCCGAUGGAGCAACACCGUACGGUAUUGGAUUCAACUAUCCCUUACGAGACCUCCUCAAGAAAGAGCUCGUAUCGUUCUGCUCAUUAACCACGCCUCCCCUCACCGAUUUGAUCAUAUCUCAGGAAUCAUCCUCUAAUAUCUCUGCUUCUUCGAAGUUAACUACCAUUGAUGAUCUCAUGGCACAGUAUUUUGAAUCUGUCGAGGAGAAUUACCCAAGCAUUGUCGCGAACGUUGUCAGGACAUCUAGCAAGCUCAAACCUCUUAAUGGCGACAGCACUACAGCCUGCGGAUUGUGCGGACUCCCUGUAGAGGAAGGCACUGAUGGCAUCUACGGAUGGGGUGGUGAUCAAAACUCAGAUUCAAGGCCAACAGGAGAGAACGGUCAUCAUGGAAUUUUAUGUUAUGGCUGCUCGAGAUCAAUCAACGGAUGAAGAAAUUGGCUCGUUUUAAAUAUCUCAAAAGGUUCUGGACGAAUUUUCCAGAGAACCCCCAUCAAGAAUCCCGACUACUCUAUACACCAGAUUCGAUAUUUACAAGAUGAAAGAAAUCAUCGGAUAGAAAAAAAAACAGUGCCUCUAUCUAGAUCUUGUCUUUCAGGGAUUCAGGAAUGAAUCUAUCCUCGAACUUCCGCAUAAGCUUGUUAGUCUGCUCCGCUAAGCUGAGGGUCAAGAUGGUAUGAGGCAAGAUUCUUGCCAGAUGGGGCAGGAAUCCUUUGUAGAUAGCAAAGAAACCCUCCGUCCUCACUGUCUUCAUGAGACAGUCGAAUACACCUUGAUAAAGGCUGCCGUUUUGGUUAUACAUACGAGACAUG